AUGCCGCGGGCCACGUCCGGCCCUUUGGCCGGCCCUUAUUUUGAAAUUCCAAUGUUGACAGGCUUUGGAAAAGUAAAUUUCCACUAUCUGGACCUGGACUUAUCUCAGACCCGACCAACUUUAGUUUGCACGCCUGAAGUAGAUACUUUCAACCCCCCUGAGGACUUUGCAGGCUUCAGUUUUCUCAGAGUUGCCAUUUAGUUCAUCAACAUACUGGCCAUAACAGGUAACCUCACAGUGCUCCUGGUCUUCUUCAAAACGAACAAGCUGAUAGAGCCUCGCUUCCUCAUGUGCCACCUGGCUUUUGCUCAUCUCUGCAUUGGGAUCUACCUUCUGAUGAGAGCCACAGUAGACUCGUCACAUGGUCACUACAGUCAGCAUGCUACUAAAAGGCAGACAGGGCCUGGCUGUAGCGAUGCAGGCUUCCUGUCUGUGUUUGGUGGGGAGCUGUCAAUCUACACACUUUCCACAAUCACCCUAGAGCGCUGGCACAACAUCACCGAUGCUCUGCAGGUAGAGCGCCAUCUCCUACUCACACAGGCAGCGAGUAUAAUGGCAGGCGGCUGGCUCACCUGUCUGGGGAUGGGGAUGCUGCCCCUGGUUGGUGUGAGCAGUUACACCAAAGUCAGCAUGUGCUUACCCAUGGACAAAGAGACGCCUCUAGCUCAGGCCUUCAUCAUAAUUAUCCUGCUCUUCAACGUGGCUUCCUUCAUUAUUGUUUGUGUCUGUUAUGUGCUGAGCUAUCUAGCUGUGAAGAACCCAGAGAUCCCUGAAAGAAGUGCGGACACCAAGAUUGCAAAGCACAUGGCUGUCCUUAGCUUCACAGAUUUUCUCUACAUGGCGCCCAUCUUCUUUGCCAUCUCCGCUGCAUUCAAGGUCCCCCUCAUCAAAGUUACUAACUCUGAGAUUCUGCUGGUCCCCUUCUUCCCCAUCAACUUGUGUGCCAAUCCCUUUCCUCAAACUAUCUUCACUAAGGCUUUCAGGAAGGAUACGUAUCAGCUCAUGAGCACCAUGGGCUGCUGUGAAAGCAAAGGCCUACUACUGCGAAAAUGCAAUCAAGAGAAAUUUGGGAUCCAAUAA